CUGUUCUGAACUGUCACGAAAACGUGAGGCAGCCGAAGUACGUUGUUAGUCUUCCCCAUGCUGCGCGGGGGUGCAGGCAUUCGUUGUCAACAAGCGAAUGGGGAGCUGACGUUCCGCCGUCACGAUAUCCGUUAUCACUUAUCAGUAUCGUGGCAUUGCAAACAAAGCCCGUGCACGUGAUGAACACGCUAGAGCGUAUACAUCGGUGUCCGAUGAUAGCGUGUUUACUACAAGCCCCUUUUCAUUUGAAGAAGCUCCGGAGUCGCCUCCCCCGUUAUCUUAUACACCAGUACCACCGCCAACCCCUGAAUAUCAUUGGAGUCCGACACCGGAAUAUUACCCAACAUUGGAUCCAAUCAACUUAUUUACUCCAAGUCCCGUUCUAUUUGAAGAAUCUCCAGAGUCGCCGCCGCCAAUAUCUUACACACCGGUGUCCGACGAUAGCAUAUUUAGCUCAAGCCCAAUAUUAUUUGAAAAUGCUCCGAAGUCGCCUCCCCCGUUAUCUUACACGCCUGUACCGCAGCCAACCCCUGAAUAUCAUUGGAGUCCGACACCGGAAUAUUACCCAACAUUGGAUCCAGUGAAUUGUCGUGAAGGUUUUUCGGCUGGGUUUGUCCUUCCUUUCUCCUUCACCUGAUUGGCAUCACAAUUGGCACAAUUCCCAGCACUAUUGGCUUUAAUAAAUAUAUUUCAACUUGACUGACAUUACA